AUGAACCGAUGGGCGAGGGUGUUCAGGUGGCAUCGGAUGCAGAAGGAGGACGAGGAGGGGAAAGAGGAGGGGAAAGAGGAGAGGAAAGAUGAGAAGGCAAAGCCCAAAGUGAGGUAAGAGACUGGGGCAAAACAUGACGGAUACGUGAUAGACACAAUUUAUUACUGAAUAAGGUAUACGAGUAUAUAUAGGCUCUAGAUUGAUGUUGUUGAAUGUUACUCCUUAAUCUAAUCACCAUGACAACUUUUUUCUUUUUUUUUCUUCCUUUUACCGUUAUGGUUAUUGUUGAUGUCGUUAUCUCACUUGGCUUUAGCAACAGUGGCCUUGCCUUUCAUCUGAAUGUGAAUCAUCCAUUUCUUUCUCUCUGUGGCCAUCUCCCGAUCAGAUGGAUGGAGUGGGUGGUUGACCCGUCAGAGGAGUUUUAUUAUGGAUGGCUACAGGUCAUGAUCGUUCCCAUCUUCUACAACUGGGUCCUCAUCAUCUGCAGGUGGGUGCCUCAAACGUAUAACAAUAAUAAUAAUAAUAAUGUUUAAUUUCCCCGGCUCAAUAUAUAUUUUAGCAUUGUAGUAUAGCGGCCAGUGAUCCAUUUCUAUAGGUGCCAAUGGUCAAUAACAAACCUGAAUAAUAAAUAGACCUCACAGACCCAGAAAAUGUAAACCGAUUGAAAUGUCGUUUUGUAGAUAUUUUGAAAUAGAAUUUGACCUUCUUUUCUAGGACAUGCUUUAAGGAAAUAGAUGAGACGUACCUGGUACUGUGGCUCACACUGGACUACUGCUCCGAUCUCCUGUAUGUGGCUGAUACCAUCAUAAAAUUUCGCACGGGUAAAGAGUUUCUUUUUUACAAAUGGAAACCUUUAUAUGUGUAUCAGUGGAGGCUUCUCAGAGGAGGAAGGGGAGGACCAUCCUCCUCAGUGAAUGUCAUACAUUUUUAAAUAGUAAAACAUUUAAUAUAAUCACGUCACCAAAUAAUUGAUAAAAACACUAUUUUGCAAAGAAGGUCUACAGUAGCCUCAACAGCACUCUGUAAGUAGCACCAUGGUGUAGCCGGAGGACAGCUAGCUUCCGUCCUCCUCUGGGUACAUUGACUUCAAUACAAAACCUAGGAGGCUCAUGGUUCUCACCCCAUUCCAUAGACUUACACAGUUAUUAUGACAACUUCUGGAGGAUGUCCUCCAACCUAUCAGAGCUAUUGCAGCAUGAACUGACAUGUUGUCCACCCAAUCAAAGGAUUAGAUAAUUAAUCUAGUACUGAAAGCAUAAGCUACAGCUAGCUAGCACUGCAAUACAUAAAAUGUGGUGAGUAGUUGAUUUAAAGAGAGAAAAACAAUAGAUGAACAGUUUUGAACAAAUUAAUGUCUUCCUAAAUGAAGGAGAAGCAAGAGAGAGUACUUUUUUUCACUUUCAGUUUCAAUUACUUAGCAAAUACAGCUAGCUAGUUUAGCCUACUGAAACACCCUGCUCAAACAGAGGGAUGCUAUGUUAGCUAGCUGGCUAUGACUAUCCAACACAACACUGGAACUCUUCCAAGUCAAGGUAAGCGUUUGGUUUUAUUACAGUUUUUUCCAACUGCUUACACACGUUUUCAAAACUAUUUUUUAAAACGUUUUCAAAACUCAACACACAAUUCCCAAAACUGCACACACACAAAAUGCAAAAUGCCUCACAUCUCCUUCAAAAUGUAACACUGCAUUCAAAAUGCCAUAAACACAUGUCAGAAUGAAGCAUUUGCAUCAAAUGGCAAACACUUCUUUCAUAAUAGUACAUGUUUGGAUAUACCAUGUAAACACUGUUGUUCUAAAUCUAAAGCUCUUUGGUCUUUCAUAGGCUUAUAUCUACAUUGCAAUACAAUGUUCUACAGUGAAAGUAAUCUGCUGAGAGGGGUAACAAGUACACUGUAAACACCAAUGCAAUGUAGAAACAGAAAAUAUUUAUUAGGCCAAACAUUACUGUUGUAUACAGUAGCAUACAACAAAACCAUAAACAUAUGUAAACCAAAAGUAUAUUCUUUAGAAUACAGUAAAGAACACAAUUGUGUGGUGGGGUCCCGGGGGGGGCAGUCCAGGAAUUGGUGUAGGGCUGGUGCUAAGCUAUGCUUCAUCUCUUCUCCAGGCUGGGUCUGGCCACAAUACUUCGUCCACAUCACAAAAUACGUUUUCUCUUGUCAAACAUCGAGGGAAGUAUCUCCUAGUUAUGGCGUAUCCAACCUUGGACAGAGUGCAAUGCAGUGCAGUAAAUGGAUGGCUUAGAGUUACAAAUGUUUAUGCAAUACUAUGCAGUCAUACGUAUUUUACAGUACAUUACUGUAAUGCUAAAAUAGUCAUUAGAUAGUUGCAUACCUGUUCUCAUCUCUGAAGGUUCGAAUUAUGGACGCCACUGUAAAUCGACUCAAGUUGGGCUGGACUCUCAGUCCAGCCUCUCUCAUGGUCAAACCGUGGUUGAUCACAUGAUCAACAAGUGUUGCCCUAAUCUCAUCAGAGAUCCUUCCUUCUCUUCUUUGCCCUCGCCCUCUUCUUCCUCUUCCUCUUCCUCCUCCUCCUCCUCCUCUUCCAACUCUUCGUCUUUGAAUUUGUCCUCAUUGUUGUCCCCUCCCUCUCCCUCCUAUUCCUCUUGCUCUCUGUCCAUUGUUGGCAUCCAUUGUUCUAAACAGGUUAUCUGACCUUUGACCUAUUUAUAGGCCUAUACUACAGUAAAGCAGUGAUUGGUUAGUGAUCAGUUAAGCAAUUAGUGUUUGCACAUGUGAGGAGUGUGUGUGUGACCUGGUGAAUAAGUGUAGCAUUUUGAUUGGUUGUGUUUGGAAAAGGAAAGCAAGUCACUUCCUGUUAGAUAUUUGUGUUUUAGGUAGAGAAUUGUGUGUAGUGUUUUGAAAAAAGUGUUUUAUGCAAUUGACAACUGAGUCAAAGGCUGAGAAAUAGCUUAUGGUUUUGGAGAUUUGGUGUGUAGUUUGGCACUUUGAGUGAGAGGUUUCAAAAAUCGUGUGACAUGAAAAUAUUUAGUGUGUAAGCAGUUGGAAAAAACUGUAAUUUAUUGCCACCGGGGCCUGCCGGUGUACCUGCUUAAUGACUAUACAUUGUAACGUUACUGCAUGAUUGUAGCGGGUUUACUAACGCGUUAGUUCUAUUAGCUAUGUUGACUAUGACGUUACUUUAGCUAAUAUGGUGACAACGAUGUAGGCUGUGUGAAGCAGGUUAUGACAUGGUUUGGCUUGGAAAGUUUUUUUCGCCUGGUCACAUACAGCUGAUGUGUUGUGCAUUGAAGUCCACAAGUGAAGGGAAGCGGUGAGAGGAGGAGAGCGCAAAGAUGCGAGAAGGAAUACAACGUGGCUGCUAUGAAACUGUGAACUGUGUUUAUGCGUGAUCAGGGGUGUAUUCAUUCCGCCGAUUCUGUUGAAAAACGUUUCUUAAACGGAAGCAAACGGAACGAAACGGGGAUAAACAAUACCUGAAUCUGUCCAAUAGAAACUUGUUUGCAACUGUUGGACUAAUGAUUACACCCUAGAUCAGUUAGAUGCAGGCAAGAGUGUGCAAGGCGGUUUUGAAUGCCACUGUCUGACCAUGGGCCACUGUCGUCAUAUCAAAUGUGUCUCUCGACCUGAGUGCACCUACGUUGUACAUUUUAAUUCAUAGGCUAGGUUGUGCAACCUCAUGAUGGGUAUAGGGAAAAUGUGAGUUUCAUGUAGUAGCCUAAACCUUCGAUGUUACAUUGAACUAGGUGAAUGAAUAUGAACUGACAGUCGACUCGUUGGAAAAAGUUUUAAUUGGGAACAGCGAAACUACGUGGUUAUAAUGACUGCAUUGAAUCUUAUCCAUAUCGCUUAUAUUAAACCUUAGUCUUAUGAGUCAAUGUUCUAGCGUUUGAAAGCAUGUAGCUUGUCAAGGCGUAUCAUGGUUUGGUGUUAUUCUGUUUUCCUUUGACAGGUAUCUGAUUGUAUUUGGCUUAUACUAGUAAGCAGUGUUGGUUAGGGAUAGUGCAAUGUGUCUUGCACUGGGAUGUGUUGUGUGACUGUGAAUAAUGUGUAGCAUUUUGUUGCGUAUGUGUUUGAAAGGUCAGCAGUCCUCUGUUGAGAUACUGUGUUUUAGGAGUUGCUUGUGUUUUCAAAGUGUGUUUAUGCUGUGUACAUGAGUCUGUCAGGCUAUGAAAUGCUAUGGUUGUGGCAUCUUGGUUGUGUGUUUGGCAUCUGUUGAGUGGGUGUUUAAGAUCGUGUUGACAUGAUGUUGUGUGUAAGCGUUGUGUAGUCUGUACUUGUAUUGGUGGUGCCUGUGGUGUGUGUGUGUAAUGUAGCUUAUGAUGUGUAACGUUCUGCUGUGGUGUGCGUGUGUUACUAAGUCGUUUGUCUUGUGCUGUUGUAGUUGAUGUAUGUUGCUGAUUUGGUGACAAGUGUUUUGUUGUGUGUGUGAUCGUGUAUGUGUGUGUUGGCAUUGGUGUUGUGUGUGUGGUGUGUUGUGUGUGUGUUGUGUGUGUGGUCUGUGGCAUUGUGUGUGUGUGUGAGUUGUGUGCCAGUAUGUGUGUGAUGUGUGUGUGUGGUGUGCAUCUGUGUGUGGUGUGUGUGUGUGGUGUGUGUGUUGUGAUUGUUGUGUGUGUGUGUUGUGUGGUGGUGCAUGUGUGGGUGUGUGUGGUCUGUGCAUGCUGUGUUGUGUGUUGUGACUGAUGUGUGGUUUGCUGUGUUGGUGGUGUGUGUCUGUGAAAUCUGUGUGUGUGUGUGUUGUGUGCAGUGUGUUGUGUGUGCUGCGCAUCUGUGUGUGUGUGUGUCUGUGCAAUCUGUGUGUGUGUGUGUGUGUGGUGUCAUCGUGUGUGUGUGUGUGUGCUGGAUCUGUGUGUGUGUGCUCUGUAGUGUGUGUUGUGUGUGUUGUGGUGUGUUCGAUGUGUUGUGUGUGUGUGUGUUGUGUGGGCUGGUUGUGUGUGUGUGUGUGUGUGCAUCGUGUGUGUGUGUUGAUGUGUGUCCUGUGUCUGUGUGUGUGUGUGGCCUCUGGUGUGUGUCGUGCAUCUGUGUGUGGUGGUGUGUGUGUUGUGUGUGUGUGUGGGGUGUGUGUGGUGUGUGUGUUGUGUGUGUUGGUGUGUGUGUGUGUGUGUGUGUGAUGUGUGUGUGUGUGUGCAUCUGUGUGUGUGUUGUGUGUGUGUGUCUGUGCAUUGGUCUGUGUUGGUGUCGUGUGUGGUGGUGUGUGUGUGUGUGUGUGUGUGUGUGUGUGUCUGUGCAUCUGUGUGUUGUGUGUGUUGCAAUCUGUGUGUGUGUUGUGUGUUGUGUGUGUGCACUGUGUGGUGUGUGUGUGUGGGGUGUGUGUGUGUGUGUGUGUGUGUGGUGUGUUGGGUGUGUGUGUGUGUGUGUUGUGUGGAUGUGUGGUUGUGUGUGGUGUGUGUAUCUGUGUGUUGUGUUUUUGUGUGUGUGUGUGGUGUCGGUGUGUGUGCUGUGGUGUGUGUGGUGUGGUUUUGUUGUGGUUGUGUUGGUGUGUGUUGUGUGUGUGUGUGUGUGAUCUGUGGUGUUGGGGUGUGUGUGUUGUGGCAUCUGGUGUGUGUGUGUGGUGUGUGUGUGUGCGCGCAUCUGUGGUGGUGUGUGUGUGUGCGCAUGGUGUGUGUUGCGAUCUGUGUGUUGUCUUGUGUGUGUGUGUUGUGUGUGUGUGCGCGCAUCUGUGUGUGUGUGUGUGUGAUCUGUGUGUGGUCUGUGUGUGGUGUUGUGUGUGUGGUGUGUCGUCAUCUGGUGUGUGUGUGUGUGUGUGUGUGUGGUGUGUGUGUGUGUGUGUUGUGUGUGUGUGUGUGUGUGUGUGUGUGUGUGUGUGUGUGUGUGUUGUGUGUGUGUGUGUGUGUGUGUGUGUGAUCACGAUCCACAGUGGAAUGUUAAAUCCCCAGAAUGAUCUACGAUCACGGCAAAAACAGAUGAUUUCGUUGCGCAAUUUUACAUCUAAGGUGUUUGUUGCAGUAUUUUGCAAGUUAAAACAUUCGCAAAGUGUGGUCUUAUGUAAACAAAGUCGGGCUGCUGGGCAGGUCUGUUUUCACUGUCUAUGCUAUUGGAUAGAGAGCAAUCACCACAGCUGUUCACCACAUGUUAGUGGGCAAAUGUACAUCUUCAAAUCUUUAUGACAAAAAUUAUCCUAUUUACACUUUGUAGUACAUUUUUACACUAGAAUAAUCGUUUCUGGCAGAUAUCAAUGUCACAUAGGCCGUUUUCAAAGGGAUUUGUUGCUUUUUAAAGGCAGUUGCUUUGUAAUGCUCUUAAACCAUGUGAAAAGCAAUAGUGUGGGAAGCCCAUGACUGAAUUCUGUAAGAGGAGGGAGAGAGUUAAUUACUUCCUUUUCUUUCGUGAUGACUCCCAGGCUUAGCUUAGUUAUGCAAUGCAUAUUUCUAUUUCUCUGGUGACAUGAACUAAACUCUGACCCAGACUGUAUAUGUGCUGUGCUGCCCCUUGCAGGUUUCCUGGAGCAAGGCAUCCUGGUGCAGGACAGGGCCCGUCUGAAGAAGCGCUACCUCCUCUCCUCACGCUUCCUGUUAGACAUGGCCUCCAUAUUUCCCACUGACCUGCUAUAUCUGUACUUCGGCAUCCAUCAGCCGCUGGUGAGGGUCAACCGCUUCCUCCGCACCUCCCGGCUCAAUGAGGCCAUGGACCGCAUGGAGACCCGCACCUCCUACCCCAACACCUUCCGGAUCUCCAAGCUCAUGCUCUACAUCUUUGUGCUCAUCCACUGGAACGCCUGCAUCUACUUCGCCCUGUCCAGUUACAUCGGCUUCGGGGUGGACCGCUGGGUUUACCCCAACAUCUCCGACCCUGUCUUCGCCUCUGUGAGGCGCCAGUACAUCUACUGCUUCUGGUUCUCCGCGCUGAUUUUCACCACGGUGGGCGACACGCCACAGCCCGAACGUGAGGAGGAGUACCUGUUUAUGAUCGCUGACCUGCUGAUCGCCGUGCUGGCGUUUGCCUCCAUCGUGGGGAACGUGGGGAACGUCAUCACCAACCUCAGGGACCGAGACAACGUCUUCUUCCCCAACCAUGAGCUGGUGAGGGGCGGGGCCAGAACCUUGUUUUCUCCUUCAUUUUAUAGUCAGGGUCAGGCGGGGUCGGGCAGGGGCGGGGUCGGGCAGGGUCGGGCAGGGGCGGGGUCGGGCAGGGUCAGGCGGGGUCGGGCAGGGUCGGGGUCGGGCAGGGUCAGGCGGGGUUGGGCAGGGUCAGGCGGGGUCGGGCAGGGUCGGGGUCGGGCAGGGUCGGGGUCGGGCAGGGUCAGGCGGGGUCGGGCAGGGUCAGGCGGGGUCGGGCAAGGUCGGGGUCGGGCAGGGUCGGGGUCGGGCAGGGUCAGGCAGGGUCGGGCAGGGUCGGGGUCGGGCAUGGGCGGGUCGGGCAGGGUCGGGGUUGGGCAGGGUCAGGCGGGUCAGGCAGGGUCGGGGUCGGGCAGGGUCGGGGUCGGGCAGGGUCAGGCGGGGUCGGGCAGGGUCGGGGUAGGGCAGGGUCAGGCGGGGUCGGGCAGGGUCGGGGUAGGGCAGGGUCAGGCGGGGUCGGGCAGGGUCAGGCGGGGUCGGGCAGGGUCGGGGUCGGGCAGGGUCAGGCGGGGUCGGGCAGGGGCGGGGUCGGGCAGGGUCAGGCGGGGUCGGGCAGGGUCGGGGUAGGGCAGGGUCAGGCGGGGUCGGACAGCCUUAGUUUUUCCUAGCCACUGUGCUUCUGCCUCUACAUUGCUCGCUCUUUGGGGUUUCAGGCUGGGUAUCUGACAAACUGCUGAUGUCAAAAGGGCUUUAUAAAAUAAAUGUGAUUGAUUGAUUGAUUGAUUGAUUGAUUGCUCUGUUGCCUUUCACCUAAAAGAGUUUGCUUGUAUUCUCUCCCAGUGGCAAAAUACUUUCUGAAGAAUCUUGGGAUUUGUGACAUGCCUGUCUAAUCCCACUUUAUUUAAUUCCAGGUCAAAGGCUACCUGCGCAACAGGUACAUCAGCAAGGAGUUGCGUAACCGCGUCAACGACUGGUACCAGCACCUGUACAUCAACCGUAAGAUCACAAGGGAGAACGAGAUCCUGCAGCAGCUUCCCGUCCAGCUGCAGACAGAGAUCGCUGUGAGCGUACACCUGCCCACGCUCUCCAAGGUCACCAUCUUCCAGAACUGUGAGACAAGCCUGCUGGAGGAGCUGGUGCUCAAACUCAUCCCACAGGUCAGAGGUCAAGGGUUAAAGGGACAAUCUGCAGUUGCUACAUCCAUUUUUUGGACUUGUAAAUGAAUAAUAUAUACACCCAUUGAUUAUUGAAUGAUAUAACUUUUAAAUACCUCAUGAGCUUAGUUCAACUGUCGUACCCCAUCAGAUCCCCAAACAUAAGCUUGUUAUACUCCCUUGUUUGUCAACAAUGUAAAUGUAAGCAAACACUGUAUAGCACCAAAACAUUUGAGUCAUUUAGCAGAUGCUCUUAUCUAGAGCAAUUUACAGGAGCAAUUAGGGUUAAGUGCCUUGCUCAAGGGCACGUUGACAGAUUUCACCUCGGGGAUUUGUACCAGCGACCUUUCGGUUACAAAGCCCAACACUCUUAACCACUGCCUAUUUAAUCAUGGUUAAAACUAUCAUUUUGAUAUCAUGGAUGGCCAGUCCUUUCUCCAGCCCCAUCCUUUAGCUGUUUACAAAAAUGAGUGGUGGGGUGUGGGGCUUUGUUAUUUUUCUAACUGCAGAUUGUUCCUUUAAAGCCGUGUGUAAUUCUUGUUAUGUCUGCGUGGUCAAUGGCAUGUAUGUGACUGCUAACUUGACUGGUGCUAGAGAACGAUAUUUCAGUUAACCGUUACUUUGCUGUUUUUUUGUGCGGCUAAUAGCAUCACUUCUCAGACAUGUUCCUCCUCCUGCCUGUAGGUGUAUAGUCCUGGGGAGUAUGUGUGCAGAAAGGGGGACGUGGGUCAUGAGAUGUACAUCAUUAAGGAUGGGAAACUGGCUGUGGUUGCAGACGAUGGGGUGACACAGUUCGCUGUGUUGAGUGAAGGCAAUUUCUUUGGGGAAAUAAGCAUCCUCAACAUCAAAGGUGAGAAAGAGAGAAUAUUACAGUAUAUUUACAGCAUAUCCCUAAUAUUCUAACACAAUGUCUCAAUGGACAAUCAUAUCCUUAAUAUUCCAACACAAUGUCUCAAUGGACAAUCAUAUCCCUAAUAUUCCAACACAAUGUCUCAAUGGACAAUCAUAUCCCUAAUAUUCCAACACAAUGUCUCAAUGGACAAUCAUAUCCCUAAUAUUCCAACACAAUGUCUCAAUGGACAAUCAUAUCCCUAAUAUCCAACACAAUGUCUCAAUGGACAAUCAUAUCCCUAAUAUCCCAACACAAUGUCUCAAUGGACAAUCAUAUCCCUAAUAUCCCAACACAAUGUCUCAAUGGACAAUCAUAUCCCUAAUAUUCCAACACAAUGUCUCAAUGGACAAUCAUAUCCCUAAUAUUCCAACACAAUGUCUCAAUGGACAAUCAUAUCCCUAAUAUUCCAACACAAUGUCUCAAUGGACAAUCAUAUCCCUAAUAUCCCAACACAAUGUCUCAAUGGACAAUCAUAUCCCUAAUAUCCCAACACAAUGUCUCAAUGGACAAUCAUAUCCCUAAUAUUCCAACACAAUGUCUCAAUGGACCCACAGUCUAGACUGCAGAGCAGAAGGCCCCAAAGUAAGUCAAGCAAAUUAAAUCUCAAAAUGCCUCACAACAUUCCUCAUCCUCUGACAGGAAACAAAUCAGGCAACCGUCGGACGGCCAACAUCCGCAGCAUUGGCCACUCAGACCUGUUCAGCCUGUCCAAGGAGGACCUGACAGACGUGCUGUCUGAGUUCCCAGCUGCCAAGAGACACCUGGAGGACAAGGGCCGUCAGAUCCUCACUAAGAUGGGCAUGUUGGUGGAGGCCGCGGAGGGUGAGGAGGAGCAGGUGGAGGAGAAGGUGGAGGUCAAGGUGGAGAGGCUGGAGGGUAACCUGAACACGCUGCAGACAAAGCUGGCUCGUCUAAUGGCAGAGCUGGAGUCCAGCAACUGCAAGAUCCUGACCAGGGUGGAGCAAUUGGAACUAGAGACAGAGGACUGGGAGGACAACCCGCCUGAGGAGGGAGGGGAAGAGGGAGGGGAGGGGGAGCGAGGAGAGGAGCAGGGGACUAAAAUAGAGGAUGAAAGAGAGGGACAGGAUGAAGGAUAUGAAGAGGCAAAAGGAGGAGAGGGGGGAGAAACACAAGAUACUGAGAGAAGAGGACAGGAAGACACGUAG